UUUGACUUCUCGUCGUACGCCUAUCGGGGCAUUGAUUUGGGCUAUUAUUUCAGUAGUUGGGGUCAAAAGGAGACCCAAUUUGGUUACGGAGUAUUCCCGGCUGACUCGCAAAUGUUACCCUUUAUUAACGCAUAUAUUGAGGAAAUGACUACAAUUUAUGGCAAUUCUUACGUUGAAAAUGAAAUGAAUUCACGCGAAAGGCUUAUAUUUGAGGCCAAAGUGUUUGCUUUAUAUGCAUUUAUGGUAGAUCUGCUAUUUUGUAUUUACCUGGCUGAUGGUAAUAAGAAACCAGAUGAAAUGAUAAACGCCGAAAAGAGGUUUAAAUGCUAU